UUGAUUGCAUUUGGUUUCCACACUCAAGAAGCGAACGUAGAUUCUGGAGCACUUUCGAUAUAAUUAUUUUACUUUAAAACAAAAUGAGGUUAUUUAUAUUUUUCUUUAUAAUAGUAAUUUCUAUUGUGAUCGUGGCGUGUUCGCAUACGUUUAUGGGCACGAACGUGUUCAGACAACAAGUGCAUCGUAGAGAUGUACGAUUCAGUCCGAAUUAUAUAAGAAAACGCGUUGAAAAUAUUACAUUUGCCAUCCCAGCUACGAGCUACUGGCGUUCUAUACAGGGUAUUCUUGCAUACGACCUGACUAAUUCUAGCGCGACAGCCAACGUCACUGCGGGCGGGAUCGGGUACUCUUACGUCACGUUGCGUCUGAGCAACGACCGCGGGCGUGAAAUUCACUAUGACAUCAAUAUUUACGUUUAAUUCAUUUCAUCAUUAAAAGCAUGAAAUAAAUUAUUACAGCAAUUAUAAUAUUUGUUUGUUUUUGAUCGAACUACGUCAUACGAGCCAUGAGAUCAUUGCAUAUAGAUAACAACAACAAUCAGCUGUUUAUACCAUUGACUUCGUCAGAUGUUUUGUUACAUAGUCUUUAGUUUUCCUAAUAAAUUGGUUUUCUUUAUAGAUCA